UGCACCGAGUCCCUGGAGAGGCGCAACCUGCGCCCUGGCCCGGGACCCCGCUGCGCCCAGCGGCAGUUACCGGCAGAGGCGGGCCGCCGCGGGAGAGGACGGAGCGGCCGACGGACCGCGAUGCAGUGAGGGAGGGGGUGGCCGGGCUGGCCAUGGCUUCCCCUUUCCCAGCCGGCAACAGCGGCGGGGAGCCGAGCUCCGGGGAGGAGUCGGCCGGGCCGGAGGAGGAGGCCCGGGCCCUGGCGGAGCAGUUCGAGCGGGCGGCCGAGCGACUGCCGGGGCUGAUGCAGGUGGCCACCAGGGAGCAGCUCCUCUACCUGUACGCCAGGUACAAGCAGGUCAAAUUUGGAAACUGUAACACUCCCAAGCCCAGCUUCUUUGAUUUUGAAGGAAAGCAGAAAUGGGAAGCGUGGAAAGCGCUGAGAGAUUCAAGUCCCCACCAGGCUAUGCAAGAAUACAUUGCCACAGUGAAGAAACUGGAUCCCAGUUGGAAUCCUCAGACACCAGAGAAAAGCAGAAAGGAAGGAAAAACUGGGUUUGGAGGCCCAGUUGUCAGCUCGCUGUAUCAGGAAGAAACCAUCAGAGAGGAAGACAAGAACAUAUUUGAUUACUGCAGAGAAAACAACAUUGACCGUGUAUCCAAAGCCAUACAAUCAAAAAAAGUGGACGUGAAUAUGAAAGAUGAAGAGGGCCGGGCUUUGCUUCACUGGGCAUGUGAUCGAGGACACAAGGAGCUCGUCUCAGUACUGCUACAGCAUGCGGCCAAUAUUAACAUCCAGAUGCAACCUUGAGAUCUCAGCCAUCCGUGUUAUCACUGGCCAAUAGACUCCAAAGAAUUAGGAAGAGGCCACACAGAAGCAAAGAAGACAUGCUGCAUGAAGUAAUGCAGCAGUCGCCUCAUGAAAAUCAAAAAGUGCAGGAGUGGAGGGAGAGAGAAAAGAGCUUCUGCCGGCAGAAUACAGAGUGCUGGCACCAAAGCAUAGAGCGCUGGCACCGAAGCACGGAGCAGCUGAUAAGCAUUAUGGAGCGCCAAGUAGACUUGAUCCAGGCGCUUAUAUCCAUGCAGGUGGAGCGCUACCAUGCCUGCCCCUCCCCUCCCCCCACAGCCCUUGCCCCAAAACUCUUUCCCUUGCGCCCCCAUGUCACCUCCAACCCACUUUCCCAACAUCCGGGUUCUUACCACCACCAGCUGCCUCCAACACCUGUAGCUUCACCACCCAGUCCUGCAAACUACGCCCCUUACCCACUGCACAUAACCCCUAUCACCAUGCAUUUUAACCAGCCUGAAGUGCAGCACUCAUUGCACAGCACUCCAGACAGGAAGGCUGAGUAUGAGAGCAGGACAUACGCAAAUCUGUGAUUAAACCGUUCCCCACUCCACUCCCUUGCCCUUUCUGUUUCCCAAGCAGUUGUGUUUCUUUUCAAUAAAUGAA